AACCAAUGCUCUAAUAACCCCAACCUUUAUCCCCCCCUAACAUCUUUUUGCACCUUUUCAUUCCAAACUGGUUUCUGGAGAGAUUUCAUCCUGGCCGGCACUAUUCCAGCCAAGGGGGAGGAGGACUUCCUCACACUGGCAGCUUCUCGGCUCAGUCGCAGGAAACGCGUGAUUGUAGCCGCUGUUGGCGUGGCCAUGGUUCUGAUACUGUUGGUGGCUAUUCCUCUGCUUGUUCACACAACCAAAGGUGGCAGUGCUGGGGCUACAGGGAGCCGAUAUGAAAUGCUUGGAAGCUGCAGGAUGGUGUGUGAUCCGUACGCUACCUCUCAGCCUGGUCAGGAGCUCAUAGCUGUUUCUCCACCCCCACAGGAAUACUCUGGAAAGAAGAUUAGGUCUGGACUUCGAGGGCCUCCUGGGAAUCCGGGUCCUCCCGGGGAGCGCGGACCCCCGGGGGAGCCAGGGAAACCGGGGCCACAGGGACCCCCUGGUCCUGGUCCUGGGGGGUAUUCUCCCUCAAUCUACACCCCUAAAAUCGCCUUUUACGCAGGGCUACGCAAGCAGCACGAGGGCAGUGAAAUACUAAAGUUUGAUGAUGUGGUGACCAAUGUGGGCAACUACUAUGAGCCCAGCACCGGCAAGUUCACCUGCCCUCUGCCUGGCAUCUAUUUUUUCACCUACCAUGUACUAAUGAGAGGUGGUGAUGGGACUAGCAUGUGGGCAGACCUGAAGAAGAAUGGACUGGUAAGAGCAAGCGCCAUCGCUCAAGACGCGGACCAGAAUUACGACUACGCCUCAAACAGUGUGAUCCUGCAUCUGGACGUCGGGGAUGAGAUUUGCGUGCAGCUGGACGGAGGGAAAGUUCACGGAGGAAACCAGAACAAGUACAGCACCUUCUCUGGCUUCCUUAUCUACCCAGACUGAAGCUAAAUUUACAUUCAGAGGAAGAGAAAAAAAAACAGAACCAUAGAAGAGGUUGACAAGGACAUGUACAGUAUGGAUGCAAAUAAAUGCACAUACAACAAUAACCACACACAUGCAUGUAAGCCAGCACACAUGCACACACCUACAUUGACGUGUUGUGAGAUUACAAUGGAUUGCAACGCGGCAAAUCUGAUAGAGUGACAAUUAAACCCAGUGGUGAGAUACUGAGCCAAUGAUAAUCAGCAACAGCAUUUAUUGGAACACUUUUUGUGCAAAUAUAGAUAUCAGGAUAUACAGGACAACUUAAAAUAACUAUUUAACACCAAGGCUCAGAAAUAUCUAAAGUAUUUUAAUGUAAUCUAUAUUAACGUACAUGGUGAGAAUGAUGAUACAAUAAACACCAUAAGUUGGAUAGUUGAAAUGCAAUAAUGGUGUUGAUAAAAUGAAACUUUGAGGUGAAUGCAUAUUUAAUAAUCUCUGAUUUCAAUAAUUUCUGUUUUUAUGGUCGGCAUCUGCUUCGGAGCAUAUCACAGCAAAGCAUACCCAGAAUGACUUACACUUCUGUUGUAAUAAAUUAGAUCCUUUUGAGAUUGGAUCUGAGAUGAGACAAAACUGAUAGAAAAAUGUUGUCAUAAUCAUACAUGUAGCAACAAACAGUGUCCUUCACAUUUGCCUCCACUGCUGGUAAAGAUGUACAAAACAGUGAAAACACUUCAAAAAUAAAUUCCUUUUUACUGCAGAAGCAAUACAUUCAUACUGAAAUUGUUUUGAAAAAAUCUAACCAUCAACUUGAUUAAAUUUAUUUAGUGGGGGAAAAAAAAUCCUUCUUCAUUUGAAAAUCACUAGAGCUACAAUUUCUAUAAAUUAAAUGUUUAUGAAAUAUUUAUUUAAUGUGUAUUUUACAUUUAAAUUUCUCAAGGUGCAAAGGAUCUUCAAUUGGUAAUCCAUAAACAUUCUUGUUUCCCCAAGUAUAUAACCAUAACUCAUUGCAUACCUUUUUCUCUUAGGGAUUCCUCCAAGCAGGAAAGAAAAGAAAACAUCUUCAUAAAUCUGAAAAUUCAAGAAAUGACUUCUACUCAGUUGCCAAAAUAAUUAACGGUUUAAGACAACUGAGACUGGAACAAAGAAGGCUCUCUGAAAUUAUGCUUUUGCAAUAAAGCAAAAUAUAAUAACAUUUUAUAUCAUUUAAAUCAUGUAUUUGCAUACAGCAGUGUGUUAAAAGACACAUAGCUCUAUUUUCCCUAGUGUCUAAAUCAGACUAUGCUAUUCGUGUUUUAGGUCAGUUAGGAUUACCACAAUAAUGUCUAUUUAAUGAAUGUCAUAAUGAUUAGAGAAAUGAUUUUCAGAGGAUUCAUUAUCACUUCCUUCUAUUUCAGAAGUUUAUAGUAAAAUUACUAUGCAUUUAAACAUUUUGAGAAAGCUGAAAAGGUUAUUGCUCCGAAAGCAUCAACAAGGCUAAUUGGAAACCUCUAGUUGAAAUGCAAGCAAACCUGUGGAUUUAUUUUUGAAACACUACCUCUGUGACAUAUAGGGGAAAAAAAUCAAAACAUAUCUCCCAAGAUAUUUGGAAAAUAUUUACGUACCUCCACAGGUGAGUUAUACGCAUGUAUAAACAGUGUGCAAAUAUCGAGUCAAGAUACAGUUAAAAAAGGAGACGGAUUAUGUGUAAAAUGAGCCUGUUACUCAUAAAGGCAGAAAAGAAUAAGUCAUAAAUCCAAAAUCAAUGUAAACAGUUACUAGAUUUCUGUUUGUCUACAUAUUGGGUCAAAGAGCUCAAUAUUUUUAGACCUGUGUCCUGUGGUCUGAUGAAAUAAAAACAAAUAUUGUAUUAUGCUUUUGGCAAUACUUUGGACAAAAAUUUUGUUCAAAAAGAGAACAUCAUAUGGGGGUUUAGCAUCAUAUUGUGUUUUAUGACAGGAGGAACUCAAUAUAAAAUUAAUACAAUAUUAGAUAAAAAAAUAUUGAAACGGUGUCUCAAGACAUUUAAGUCUGAAUCCAAACAGGUAUCUUAAAAUGUACUAUUUCGUCCAUCGCGAAGCAUUUAUCUUAGACACACAGAAGAUUUGUGUACAAAGCUGAAAAGGUGUUAGAGGGCCUUCAAACCAGACUCGGCUCUGCCAGGAUGAAAGUGCCAAACUUCUGAAUUUCAAGAAAGUGAAAAAAGAUCUUAACUGUACUUGGGUUUUUAUCAAGUCAAUAUAAAUGUGUUAAUCCUAUCUGAGCUAAAACAUGAUUUAUUUAUUUUUUUGCUAUAGCUACAUCUUUAUCAGGAGUGUCAAAAACUUUAGAGUAGCACCAAAAAGGAAAACCCCAAGAACAUAUCAUGUAUUGUGUAAAUAUCUUUUUUUUUUAAUUCUUUGCCGAGUACAUUAUGUGAGUGAGAGUAUUUGUAUGAGUGAAUAAAAGUCACAUGUGCAGUGUUUUAAAUAGUGUAUCAGGCAUUACAGAUAUUUGCAAUGACUGUUUUACUUUCAUUACAUGUAAACACACCAACUUUGGGAUGGGCAGUCUGGAUUUAGAAGGUUGAGUGACCAAUUGCUAUUAAAACACCCGUACCAACUC